AAACUUUCUAUAAUCUUAUAACUUUUCAUAUCUGUUUCAUAUAGUCCUCAAACAGUUGGAGUAAUUGUACGAUUAGAAAAGGAAUACUUUCAGGUUUUAAACAUGCAUGGAAAGCUAGUAAAAGUUAAGCAUCAGUCAGUAAUGAAAAAACCUAACACAAGAAGAGCAGUUGCUCUAGAUUCGGAGCAAAACCAAAUUCAAGCAAGAGAUAUAGUUAAAGUUAUCGAUGGUCCACAUUCUGGUCGGCAAGGUGAAAUUAAACACCUCUAUAGAAGUUUUGCAUUUCUUCAUUCACGUAUGCUGCUGGAUAAUGGUGGAAUUUUUGUGUGUAAAACAAGACAUUUAGUACAGGCUGGUAGUUCAAGAGUAAGUUUGUUAAAUGAUUUUUUUCAAUAUAAUUAUGUAAUAGUUUAAUAGUGCAAAACAUGGAUACA